UUUCAAAUGACAUCAGAAGAAAUCCAUGCAGCUGGACUUUGUUCAGUCGUUCCAACUAUUUUUCAAAACUGUGAUAAUGAUUGGAUAUCCAAAAAUGGGACAUGUUAUCAGGAUUCUUGUUGUAUGAGUUUAGAAACGGCUACAUCAUGGUACUACCGGCUUGCUCAAUUUUCUCACGUAGUCUUUAGCUUUAUGGGUUUAAUAAUAGUUGUAGUAUACAUUCUGAGGUAUCGGUCGAGGCAUAUAUUACCGGAAAAUGUUCGAGUACUUGUUGAUUUCAUGUUGCUAUUCAUAGUGGCUCAUUCUAUCGAUAUGAUUGUGUUACAUAUCUACCAUAUCAUUCAAUCCUUCCAGGCGAAUAUCUCAGAUCCAUGCUUCGUCCGAGAAAAAGUUUCAUUUUGUGCACCGUUCCGAUACACUUUCUCAUUUUGCUCAAUGGGUUUGGCGAUCUGCACAUACUGUAUAUAUAUCGAUCGUCUUGCAUGCGCAUAUUACAAGAAUUAUACCAAGCAUCAAAGACUAAUUUUGGCAGCUCAAAUUUGUCAAUUGAUUGUGAUUUCUUCUUUAAUCAUAAUUUGGGUAUAUCGAAAUGAAGAGCCAAACACAUAUCUCCUAUCGUGUUUGAAUGUUCCUGUAGCAUCUGUAGAAGAUAUGGCCAAGGCUACAAUCGCAGUAUUUCCAAUCAACUUCAUUUGUUUUUUCCUUUCAAUUGGUCUUUUUCGGCAUUUUAAAAAGAAGGAAGAAGGUAGCCGUUUCGAUAUUGUUCGGCAUUUCACCGCUUCUGUCGAUGUUGAAUCCUCCGAAUUUCUCUUCCGUACUACUGGAACUCAGGCAGCACUCAUGGCACUUUUCUCAGUGGCAUCCUUACUAAUGCGCCUCGUGUAUAAUUUCCUGCCAAGACAAGUUGGAUUGACAAUAGCUACUUUGUCAUAUAUAAUGAGUAUCUACUGUUUUACGGUACCAUUGGUAAUAGUUAAAUGUGUACAGAAGACAUCUGCUCUACGGAAAAGUCGAAUUUCGAGUCACGUUGGAUUAAAAGCAAUGGGUGUAGAAGGUGCUUCUAAUUAUUUCGAAAUGAUGAAAUCACAAUGGGAAUAAAUCUGUUUUCUUAACUUUUUUGUAUGUUAUGUGUUCUUAUUAAGUC